AUGGCAGGAUUGCAAAUUACAAGAAAUUUGGCAAAAGAAAUAAAUGAAGCGAAGUAUUUCUCUUUAAUUGCUGACGAGACCCAAGAUAUAAGCAGAAAGGAACAAGUUUGUAUUUGUAUUCGAUUUGUUUACAAACAUAUGUGCAUAAAGGAAAGCUUCCUGGGUAUGGUGGAGACAGACAACACCGACUCUGCUACAUUGGUGAAACUACUCAUGGAUGCAUUAUCUUCUGUUGGUAUUCCUCUGGAAAAUUGUGAUGUUUUCAAGAGUACAAAUGAGGCAGACACCGCAAUAUCUGUGCUGACCAAUGUUACGAAUUUUAUCAAGUCGUCCCCACAUCGUCUCGCUAUGUUUAAUAAUUUUUGUUUGAGUGAAGAUCGAGAUAACGUUGGAAGAAGUUUAAGGCCAAUGUGUCCUACCCGAUGG